GAAAACACUCAAAACAGUUCUGCAUCUUACGCGGUUGGCAAGAUGUUCGCCCCCAAGACAACUGCGCCUGCUUCAGGUGGGCUGACCAUCAGCACUUCCUCGACUCCCUUGUUUGGUGGCAACACAAACACUCAAAACACAUCCACCGCGGCAACGGGCACAACAGGCACCUCUAGUCUUUUCGGCGGCAACACUGCCUCGACCGCACAGUCAAAGCCCCUGUUCGGAGCUACACAACAAUCAUCAACCCCGGGUUCAAGCAUGUUUGGUGGUAAUCAGCAACAGCAAGCGGGGACUACACCAAGCAUGUUUGGUGGUGCCCAACAACAACAACAGACUGGCGCUACCUCAGCCUUCGGUGGCCAGCAGCAGCAGACUGGAACAACUUCAAGCUUGUUUGGAGGCCCAGCAACCACCACAGCCACACAACCCGCACAGUCAACCGGCCUUUUCGGACAACCGGCAACCCAGACUCAGGCAAAGCCUGCAUUUGGCCUCGGGGCCUCUACUACUGGGGGAAGCUUCUUCAACUCUACUCAGCAACCACUCCAGCAGCAACAACAACAACCCGCGAAGCCCUCCCUCGAUGUUUUCAGAAACCCAGGCACAACCCAAACCGCUCAACCUUCCUUGCUUGGACAAAGCACCGCAACAGGGACUGUUGUUCAGGGUGUCAAGGUCGAUAUCAGCAACCUCCUUCCCACCACCAAAUACGAGAGCUGUUCCGAUGAACUUCGCAAAGAGAUUGAAGCCAUCGACAAUGCCAUUCUUGGUCAGAUGAAGCUAUGCCACGAGGUUGCAGACAUCCUCCCCACAAUCGAGUCACAGGGCGCCUCGAUCCCCAAUGACGUGGACUUUGUGCAAGGAAAGCUGGAGACCAUGCAACAUGCCUUGGAAAAUGACGCCAAUGAAAUCGACCAGCUGCGCAGCCUGGUCACCCGGGAUGCGGCCGAGGCUCAGGUUGCAUUCCGCGCCAUCGAUACCCUCAAGCUACCCCUUCAAUAUCAGACGACAGGCGGCGGUGGCUGGUGGUCACAGGACCAAAAGGUCGCCGACCGAUCGCUUCGGUCGACUCGCAAGAACACCCUUGCGCUACCCGAUGACGUAGAAGGGGAUCCGGCUACCGUCAAGAGUGUGAAUGGUGUUCCCGUGAAUCUGGUGGACUACUUCUCCCAGCGCUCAGACGAGAUGGGCUCUGUGCUUGACCGCUACAAGGGUAACUUGAAGGAGAUUGAAGAUCACCUGCACGGCGUGGAACUCUCUUUGAACCGCCAAAUCAACGAGUUUGUCAGCAAGUCUCGAGACGGAGCUAGCGCUGGAACUCCCAAGUCGGUCGUCAAUGAUUUGGCCGCGGUGCUGGGAGAUGUCGAGGCUGGUAUCAUGGGCGUUGCGGCCCGCCUUGGGGGUGUGUCGGAGCAAGUUCAGGAGAUGACGCUCGGCCCACUGUCUGUGGAGAGUCGAUAUGGAUACUAAGAGAGGAACUUAGGAACAUGUUUCCUCGCAAUCUGUACAACUAAUACAAUCAAUGGCUGGCCUUGGGUAUCAUGGCUGCCUUAUGGCUUACGAGA